UAUAUGUGUGUAUGUCUCUGCUACAUUCAUAGAACAUACAUAGAUUCAUUCACAAACACACACACACACAUAUAUGCAUAUGUAUACAUUCAUGCGUAAGGGCGAACAUUUAGUUGUACAGAUGUAUGUUAUCUGCUUAAUAUCUAUACACACAUGCAUAAACGCGUGCACAACAUAAUAUAAUUUUAAUACAUAAGAAUGUCACAUAGUACAAUACAAUAGAUGCAUGCUUGAGCGCAUACAUACAUACAUAUAGACAUAUAUACAUCCGUAUGAUAUGUAUACGUAUACAUACAGAUACACGCGCAAAUAUAUACGUUUGUAUAUAUAUAUGUAUGUAUAGUAUAUAUAUUGUAUAUACAUGUAUAGAUAAAAUGGUUGUGAAGUCGUAUGUUGGUGUGUGAAUAGGAGGUGCUUUUUUGGUGAGACACAAAAUCCCGGGAACCAUGAACAACCAACUUCUGUUGACCGUGCUGUCCUUCUCGACUGGGGCUGUGGCCCUGGUCACUCUGGCCCUUGCUGUGGCCACAGAUUCCUGGCUUUACACAGAAGAGGCGAUUGACUAUGUGUUGGAAAAUGUCACAAUAGUAUACGUGGUCAGAACACAUUCUGGACUUUGGAGGGUUUGUACAAUCAACGAAUUCAGUCCAUCAUAUUGUGCUAACAUUGACUACUACAGACAAAGUUAUGACAGAGUGGAGCAAGCCAGUACUUCCAUGGCCAUCAUUCGAGCCAUCCGUUUGUCUGCACCAUAUCCAGUUUUUGCUCUCAUCAUGAUCGUGGUGGCUGCCAUAACCAGUGUGAUUGGUAACAUUAAGACCGACGUGAAAACUUUAUUCGGUGCCAUUAUUUAUGUUUUCUCAGGUCUGGCUUUGUCAGUUGGCAUCAUUCUCUACAUAUCAGCUGUCAACGAUGAGGUGGGACAUCGAGCCAAGAUCAUUGGUGUCCAAGGCCCAAAGUUUGCCUACUUCUAUGGCUGGUCGUUCUUCUUUGCCGGAGUGUCCUUCAUCACUGCCGAAAUGGCAGCUGUGUUUGGCAUCUCACUCUACCUGCUGCGCAACUCACACGUCGACGACAUUCUGCGCAUCAUCCCUGGCCUCGAGGACAGGCUAGACAAAUUGAAUAAGCUCAACGGUUACCGCAACGACUAUGAGGACGACGAUGUCUAUGAGGAUGGUGAAAGCCACUAUGCUCGCACCCAGGGCAGGCAACUGCAGAAGCAACAAUCACAAGAACAACAGCAACAGCAACAACAACAACAACAGCAACAACAACAACAACAACACAGCAUUUAUCAAACUUUACAACAGAUACAGCAAGAGAAACAACAGCAACAACUUAGUCACUACCAAACAUUGCAACAAAUACAGCGCGAGAAACAACAGCAACAACAGCAACAGCAGCAUUGCCACUAUCAGACACUACAACAGAUUCAACGGGAAAAGCCACAGCAAAGUCAUUACCAAACCUUGCAAGAAAUAAAACAAGACAAACAACAGCAAGAAUGCCGUGAAAUGGAUGCUGAGAGUAACAUUUAUGCCACGUUGCGCCAUGCUGACGAGAUGAGGAAAGAUCCACGCGUCAUCAUUAGCGACUUUGAUUUCGGUGGCCCCAUCUAUGGUGAUAACGUGGACAGUGCCGCCCCUGUUGCAUCGGAUCUGGCCACCACCAUCAGCCCUGGCCUCGACACCUACGCUGAUCCAUAUGCACUCGAUGGUUCAAAGUAUACCAUUUACGGACGAGUAUCUCCAGCUAGUGCGGGCGGGGAGGGGGCGGGCGUGGCAGCUGCGUCAUCGACGUCUUUUCCUGCAAUUGUUACUCUUGAACUGUGUGUGAAGCUAUUUAUUUGCUCAGGAGCCGAGAUGGAGGGUAAAGUUAGAGACAGAGUCUCAGGUCUGAGAGACUUAAUAUCUCUGGAAGAAGGCCCCGUUGGCUGCCACAGCCUGGUUCCUGUCAUCUGUCAACCUUUUCAGCUCUGUCAGCUCUGUCCAGUCCUCAUAUCAGUACAGCUCUACUACAGGUCGUGCAUCAGCAAAAGCCCUCGACAUGCGCCACGCUGUGACGAGCCCCAUCUGGGUCCUUUGCAGAAUCAAGAUAAAUGA